GCGAAAACGACAACAAGAGCAAAAUGAAAUCUGUAAUGUGGAGGAAACGGACCGUGAGCACACUGUAACCGUGACAACGAGACACGAGGACGGAUUUAAAGUGAUCAUAAAAUCGUCUCCAGACGGUCGUCGUUCGGUGAUGAUAAUGGAUCUGUGUUCGCCAAAUGCCAUUAAGCUCUGAAGAAGAAGAGGGGUGCUGUGUGUGUGCAGAUAUGGCUGCUGUUUGAUGAAGCGGACUGAAGUUAAAGGAGAGACACAAACUAAAGUAUUGAUCCCAUCAUGUUAGUGUGGAUCUGAUACAAUACCAACGUCUGUAUUGCUUUUGUCGAUCUGACAUGAAAUCAACAUGUGGUGAUGUGUAAGAGCUGACAGACUCCUUUCACAUGUUGAGAUCAGAGUUCAGACUAGUUUCAGUUAUAAGGAAGAGAAACUCCCACAGUCACUGACACUGAGAGGAGAAAUGGCACAGAAAGGAGUUCAGCUGGACCAAGAAACCUUCUCUUGUUCCAUCUGUUUGGAUCUACUGAAGGAUCCAGUGACUAUUCCCUGUGGACACAGCUACUGCAGGAACUGUAUUAAAACCCACUUUGAUGAAGAGGACAGGAAGGGAAUCCACAGCUGCCCUCAGUGCAGGAAGACUUUCAGACCGAGGCCUGUCCUGGAGAAAAACAUCAUGUUAGCAGAUUUAGUGGAGCAGCUGAAGAAGACUGGACUCCAAGCUGCUCCAGCUGAUCACUGCUAUGCUGGACCUGAAGAUGUGGCCUGUGAUGUCUGCACUGGGAGGAAGCUGAAAGCCAUCAAGUCCUGUUUAACUUGUCCAGCCUCUUACUGUGAGAAACACCUCCAACCUCACUAUGAUGCAGCUCCAUUAAAGAAACACAAGCUGGUGGCCCCCUCCAAGAAGCUCCAGGAGAACAUCUGCUCUCGUCAUGAUGAGGUGAUGAAGAUUUUCUGUCGUACUGAUCAGCAGAGUAUCUGUUAUCUCUGCACAAUGGAUGACCAUAAAGGCCAUGAAACAGUCCCAGCUGCAGCAGAAAGGACUGAGAAGCAGAAGAAGCUGAAGGUGAGACGACUAAACAUCCAGCAGAGAAUCCAGGAGCGAGAGAAAGAUGUGAAGCUGCUUCAACAGGAGGUGGAGGCCAUCAAUGGCUCUGCUGAUAAAGCAGUGGAGGACAGUGAGAAGAUGUUCACUGAGCUGAUCCGUCUCAUCCAGAAAAGAAGCUCUGAUGUGAAGCAGCAGGUCAGAUCCCAGCAGGAAACUGAAGUGAGUCGAGUCAAAGAGCUUCAGGAGAAGCUGGAGCAGGAGAUCGCUGAGCUGAAGAGGAAAGACGGCGAGCUGGAGCAGCUCUCACACACAGAGGAUCACAACCAGUUUCUACACAACUACCCCUCACUGUCAGCACUCAGUGAGUCUACACACUCAUCCAGCAUCAAUAUUCGUCCUCUGAGGUACUUUGAGGAUGUGACAGCAGCUGUGUCAGAGACCAGAGAUAUACUACAGGACAUUCUGAGAGAGGAAUGGACAAAC